AUGUGCCUAGACAACGAAAAAUCCAAGAAGGAGCUAAAAAUCUUGGAACACAAGCAAAAAAUCCGUGUGGUAAGUCUAGCCAUCAGUGACACAAAAAGGACAACAGCCCGCCUAAAACCAAAAAAGAAAUUCCUCUCCCAAAAACUACAAAGCCUACUGGAUGCUGAGGAUUGGCAAAAUGUAAAAGAAAUGGUCACAAAAAGAACAACCACCGUGUUUAGUGAAAGCAAAAAGAAAGAAACCCGAAAACUGGAUUUUUUGAAAAAGAAGAAAAUCCUAGAGACAGCGGUCCAAGCUGAGUGGAUUGAAAACACAACAACCGUGGAAAUUCCCGACUAUUUGGAACGAGCGCUGCUCCUUGGGCCCAAUUACAACAUCCAACCAAGAACAAACAUACCAUACGUUGCUUUCAUCGCCGACGUUGAGAGCGCAAUAAAACAAAAACCCGACGCAGACGACAUCAGAUCCAGCAUCGCGACGAUGAUCAACAACUACGUCGACUUCCAAAACCAACCGCGCGCCAAAAACAACGAUUGGAUCCAUAAAGACAUCGUGCGUAGCCGAAAGUUUCUCCGAGAACACAACGAAGUAAUCAUCACCAAGGCGGACAAAGGAAAUAAAACCGUCGUGAUGCUAGCUAGCGAGUACAGCGAAAAAAUGACAGCUAUGGUAAGUGACACAACAACGUACACUCCCCUAGCCACAGAUCCAACAGAAAAGAUACUCAAACGCAUCAACACUAUGUUGGACUCGUGGCACGAAAAUAAAUACAUUUCCACUUACACAAAAAACAAGUUAAAAUUGUUCAACUGCCCUCCACCGAGGAUUUACGGUCUUCCUAAAAUUCAUAAAGAAGACCGCCCGCUUCGACCAGUAGUGUCGACAGUGGGGUCAGCUACGUACCGAAUGGCUCAGUUUCUUGCCAACGUGCUACAAAACGUCGUCGGCAAAACGAAACACCACGUGCGUAGUAGCUUCGACUUCGCGUCGGAGAUCACCAAUGUUCGGGUCCCUGAUGGUUGCAUUAUUUACUCGCUGGACGUCGUGUCACUCUACACGAACGUACCGGUUCAAAAUGUGUACGAUAUAAUUGAACAAAAGUGGCGGGAAAUUAGCGAUUACACGCCGAUACCAUGGACUGAAUUCAAACGCGCCCUUCACACAAUACUUGGAGCGUCGUUUUUUCAGUACAAUGGUAAAAUCUUCGAGCAAACUUUUGGCACACCGAUGGGCUCUCCUCUAUCCCCGGUAGUAGCGUCUCUCUUGAUGGAACAACUUGAGGAAACCGCCAUCCAAUGCCUACGAGAUAAAGGUAUCAACCUCGUGAUGUAUAAACGCUACGUCGAUGACUGUUUAAUAGUAGGUUAUGAAAACGACAUAGAUUGCGUGCUAACCGAAUUUAACAGUCAAUGCCCAAGCAUAAAAUUUACGCUGGAAAAAGAAACUGAAAACUCAUUGCGUUUCUUGGAUCUCAAACUUUCUAGGUGUCAAGGAAAGAUUGAGAAAAACUGGUCAAAUGGACAACCAGCUGGCCACAUCAGAAGCAUUAAGAAGCAAACUCUGCGAUCCGUCUGCCCGGGUCGUGGUUUAGAGUCUGCUAGGUUACAUAUGUACUCGGACGGACAAACAAGAUUUGCCGUUGGAUUCCUUGGAGCAUAA